AUGGCUGUAGCUGUCAAUAAAGGCGUGUUCAUCGUGGCGGCGAAACGGACACCAUUUGGUAAAUUCGGUGGUCUGUUGAAGGACGUGCAUCCUUCGGACCUCUUAGCAGCCGCUGCCAAGGACGCUAUUAAGGCGGGAAACAUCUCCCCGGCAGCUAUCGACACGGUCAAUGUCGGGCAAGUGUACGUACUCGGCGGGGCUUCUGACGGAGGGCUCUCCCCGCGCCACGCCGCUCUCAAGUCCGGGGUCCCUCAGGAGAAACCUGCCCUUGGGGUCAACAGACUGUGUGGGUCCGGGUUCCAGGCCGUGGUGAACAGCGCUCAGGACAUACUGUCGGGAGCGGCGAAGGUGUCCCUAGCGGGGGGCACCGAGAGCAUGUCGUCCGUGCCCUUCGUCGUCAGGGAUGUCCGUUUCGGGACCCAGCUGGGGGCGAGGUUCGAGUUCGAGGACUCCCUGAACAAGGGCUCCCUGGACACCUUCUGCGGCUUCACCAUGCCGGAGACCGCGGAGAACGUGGCGGAGCGGUACGCCUUGAAGCGGCAGGAGGUGGACGACUACGCAACUCUAUCUCAGCAGCGUUGGAAGAGAGCACACGACAGUGGGGUGUUCAAGGCGGAGCUCACUCCCUUAACAGUGAAGGUCCGGAGGCAAGAAGUUGUCGUGGACAAGGACGAGCACCCGCGCCCCGAAACUACGGCCGAGGGCCUCGCCAAGCUGCCGGCCCUGUUUAGGAAAGGCGGCGUUCAGACUGCUGGCAACUCGUCUGGCGUGAACGACGGCGCUGGUGCUCUAAUCCUGGCUAGCGAGGAGGCGGUUAAGGAGCACCAGUUAGCCCCCCUGGCACGGCUGGUGGGCUGGUCGUACGUGGGCGUGGACCCCAGCAUUAUGGGCAUCGGCCCGGUGCCGGCCAUCGAGAAUCUUCUCAAGGCCACCAACAUGACCCUCAACGACAUUGACCUUGUCGAGAUAAACGAGGCGUUCUCGGCUCAGACCUUGGCGUGUGUUAAGGCCCUGGGCCUGGACACUCAGCGGCUGAACGUGAACGGGGGCGCGAUUGCGAUGGGACACCCUGUAGGCGCCUCGGGGGCAAGAAUAACGGCGCAUUUGGCGCACGAACUUAGACGGAGAGGCCUUAAAAACGCGAUCGGCUCUGCCUGCAUCGGCGGCGGUCAAGGCAUCGCUGUUCUCCUGCAAAGCGUU